GAUCGCUCAUCGUCUGACAAAUUCAGGACUUUACGACAGAAAGGAAGAUCCGAACCGAACCGAGCCGACACAAUGAAGGCAAUAAGCCCCGUGCGGUCCUUCCGGAAAAGCAACGCCAAUUUCACGGAGCACUCCUCCGCCGCCUUGGGGAUCUCCCGGAGCAAGACCCCCGUGGACGACCCCCUCAGCCUACUGUACAACAUGAACGACUGCUACUCCAAGCUGAAGGAGCUCGUGCCCAGCAUCCCGCAGAACAAGAGCGUCAGCAAGAUGGAAAUCCUGCAGCAUGUCAUCGACUACAUCCUGGACCUGCAGAUCGCGCUGGACUCCAGCGUGGCGCUCACCAGCCUGCAUCACCCCGCGCGGACGGGGCAACAGACUCCAUCCAGGACCCCCCUGACCACCCUCAACACAGACAUCAGCAUCUUGUCAUUACAGUCCCCGGAGUUGCCGUCAGAGCUGCUGACAGAUGACAGCCGGACUCUGCAUCGUUAAAGCGGUGUUUGGUCAAGACGCAAAAACACCCACGCGCACACACACACGGGCCCUGAGGAGCAGGACUUUACCCACCCCUCCAGCCUCUGCCCUCCAGGCCUGGAUUUUUUUUUCUCUCUCCUGACGCAGAAAUCAAACUUUUUUUUAUUAUUAUUAUUAUGGGACAAUCUUUUAUGUGAUGUGUUUCUGUUUUGGACACCUCGUUAAUAUUUAUUUGUAGGUCCUUUUCUGGAAAAUGGAAGGCGCGUUUAUGUUCCCAGCAUUGGGAGGAAAACCGAGGAUUACCCCCCGCCCCCCGCCCCCCCACCACCAUGUCCAUGUUGAACUCUUCGCUUUUUCUGCGAAGCUGUAUAGAAACAGACCUGAUUUUUAGUUCCUGUACAAAGAAAAGGGUUAGUCUCGUCUUGUCAGAAUUGUUGGCACUUGUAGGACUGGACGAUGUUUGAGGGGGAAAAAGAAUAGAA